AUGGAUCCUCUUGAGCCCAUAUUGAGUGGGCUGAACACCGCUCAGAAAGCCGCGGUCACCUCACCGGCCUCAAUACUCCAAGUUCUUGCUCCUCCCGGCUCAGGAAAGACCAGAACGUUGACCUCGCGCGUCGCGUAUCUCCUCGCUCAUAAUGGAUACCGCCCGCAAGAUGUCAUCUGCUGCACGUUCACCAUCAAAGCCAGUCGGGAGAUGCGGGAGCGGCUAGGACUAAUGAAGGGGUUUGGGAUCGCGGAUUCCGGAGAUUCGCUGGCGAUUAUAAGGAGAAUUGUGAAGCGGCUACAGCUCGGAAUACAACCCAAUACAGCGAGAUCUCGGAUAUCGCACCAGAAAGCGCACGGCGUGUCUCCCGAUGAAGUGGCAUCGAAGCAUAACAAGGAGAGCAAGAUCCUGGAGCACCAAGAGUUUGUUCAAGUUUACCGAGAGUACGAGAAGGAGCUGGAGACGUCGAAUCUGCUAGACUAUGAUGAUCUACUGCUACGAUGCGCGACGUUACUGAGGGAAUAUCCGCACUGUGUGUCCAAUGUGCAGGUGGUCUUGGUGGAUGAGUUCCAAGACACAAAUCAAAUACAGUAUGACCUGAUGAACCUUUUUGCGGCUCGGAACAGGCGCAUAACGGUUGUUGGAGACCCGGACCAGAGUAUCUACGGGUUUCGCUCAGCAGAAAUCAAGAACCUCAAGCGGAUGCAGCGACUAUACAGCAACACGGAGGUCGUGCUUUUGGAGGACAAUUAUCGUUCCUCAGGUUCGAUCCUCAAGUCAGCUCAAGAUGUCAUUGAGCAGGAUUCAUCCAGGCCGGCAAAGAAUUUGCAGCCAACCCACACCUUCGGCACGCUGCCUGUAUUGCGCAAGCUGCCUUCUGCCGAGGACGAAGCUCAAUGGCUAGUGCUUGAGAUCAAGAGAUGCAUGAUUCUGACAGGAAAGUUAUUGAACUACUCCGAUUUCGCCAUUUUACUCAGAUCAGCGUCGCUGUCACGGCAUAUCGAGUCGGCCAUGGGCAAACAUGGAAUCCCCUAUCGGAUGGUCGGGGGCCUGAGAUUCUUCGACAGAGUCGAGAUCAAGCUUCUUCUAGACUACCUACGAGUCAUCAGCCACCCUGAUAACACAGAAGCGCUCCUGCGUAUCAUCAACGUUCCUUCGAGGAAGAUUGGGGAGGAGACCAUCAGGUUGCUAGUGAGCGGGGCCGAAAAGGCCAACAAAUCCUUAUGGAACUACAUCAAAGAUGUAGCGCAAGGUCGCAGGUCGACCGAAAAGGCUUUGUCGAAGCCGGCUAGUCAUGGGCUCUCCACUCUGGUCGGUCUGAUCGAGUAUUCCAGAGAGAAGCUCCGCCAGUGCUUCGAUAAAUCAGCGCCUCGUAAACUUUUAGAGAUUGUGAUGAAGAAGCUCUCUUUUCGGGAGUUCCUUACGGCUACCUAUGGAUCGAAUGAUGAAAAUCGAUGGGCCAACGUGGAGGAACUUAUGACCCAAGCAGACGAUGCAACCGCCGCCGAAGAAAAUGAACAGGAUGAAAACCUGCCUGAAAUUGAGGGCAUUGCUCAGCAGGAGGCACACGCUGGUGAGGAAGCACUGUCCCGAUUCCUAGCAAAUGUUGCUCUAUCCACCGAGGUACAGCCCAAAGAAGGCGCUGAGGGAGAGGAGCAGUCGCAAGAGAAGGUUACAAUCUCGACAAUCCAUGCGGCGAAAGGCCUAGAGUGGCCCGUCGUGUUCGUUCCGGCCGCGUACGAGGGUAUAAUUCCACAUUCACGAGCAGAAGACUCUGACGAAGAGCGACGGUUGCUUUACGUGGCCAUGACCAGAGCACAGGCCCUGUUAUACCUGAGCUAUCCGCUUCGGCAGGCCCGAGACAACGCGGAAACUAGUGUGACAUCGUUUCUUCCACAGGAAUUGAUCACCUCACGCAUGCGUACGGUUGGACCAAGACUGGAAGAGAAGGUUGUGUAUGGAAUCGCCGAUAUACUGCGCCGAGAACGCCCGACCGCUGCAGCUAUGCUGGAGGGACUAGACUCUCUCCCUUCCGUAUACGACGACAGAUGGACUGAGGAUGGGCAAGAGGCGCCAGGCACGGUUAUCAGAUGGGAUGGUUCUCGAGCAACGGACGACGGACCAAACAGCAAACGGCGCCGAUAUGACAAUGAGCAGUACUCGACAACCACGGCCUUUACAACCAUGUCCUCAACGACCUAUACAAUGACCGGCUCGAGUUUCAUGGCACCCACUACCAUGUCCGGGUUCUCGACAGCCCGCGAGUAUAUAGCGACAACGACGCAGAAGCAGGAGCCGCCCGCGGAGGCAGAGCGCACGAAUAAACAAAAACAGGCAGUUGCUCUCAAUCGUCCACCUCCUUCUCAAAAGAGCAUUGCGUCCUUUUUUGGCGGAUCAUCAUCGCAGUCCACGCAGCAGACGAGGCUUGCCCAGCCUCCGCCUCCGCCUCCACAAAAUCGCCCGGGUGCCAUGGAUUACCCUGGUAGGUCAUUAGACGCCCGACCAUCGAACGCGAUCCCAUCGCAGUAUACCGGCCAUCGACCAGGCCCCCCAACUCAACAAUUCCGCCCGCCUCGCCCGGCCCUCGAACCUUCUGACCCAAACCGCUACACCUGGUUGGCUGCAUCGUCGAAGCCCGCGGGCAAGGUAGAUUCACCCAGCGAUCAGAUGAACACCAACACCAUCUACAAUAAUGAAGGAGGGCGCAAGGAGUCUGUGGCCAACCAGGCAAACAGCGGUGCAGGCGUAGGACCAGGGAUAGCGAGCGUCGGCGCCGGGGGUAUGCGACCAGCGACCACGUUCCACACGACGACAAUGUCAAUGGUGCAGUCUCAAGGAGGGCCUGCGAGGAGAACGCUGGGGAUCCGGCGUAGUAUGAACGGAUGGGAGGAGAGGAUGAAAAGAGCGAGCAAGUGA